UUGACGCCUGACGGUUUACUUGACGUUAUCCUGCGAGUUCGUUGAACAACGAACAUCGUAAAGAGGUUAUAUUCGCGACCGCUUAUAUUUUAAAAUCAAUUUUCUAAAAAUAGAAAUAAAAAUCCGAGCAGUCAUUGCAAAUGGUAUAAUAAACCUUUUAAGGAAACAUUAUUUUAACGAAUCAAAAUGGGUUCGUUGUCUAGAUUUCAAAAGAUUGCUCUUUUAAGUUUGGGUACAGUCGGGGGUGGCUUAGCAUAUUAUCGUAUAAAUAACAAUGCAAAUGAGCGAAAAUACAGUGCUUUUAACUCAUGGACAACAAAUUUCACCCCUACCGUGGCAUGGGAUAGAAAUUGGGAUCACCGUGAACCAGAAUCUAUUGUGAAACCGGUGAAGCGAUCAGCAAAUGACCCAGCAGAAGACAACCGUUAUAAUGAAAAAUUAGAGAAAGCUAAGAGCAAAGCUGUAAGGCAUUUGUUUCUAAUUAGACAUGGACAAUACAACAUUGACGGACUCAAGGAUGAAGAUCGGACGCUGACAGAUUUGGGUAAAAUCCAAGCAGACAUCACUGGCCAAAGACUAGCUUGUCUUGAUAUAAAAUGGGAUUUACUUGUCCAAUCGACUAUGACUAGAGCCCAAGAGACAGCUAAUAUCAUUGCUAAACAUCUGGAUAAAGAUAUUGAGGUCAAAGACUGUCAGCUGUUGGAAGAAGGGGCUCCCAUACCACCAGAACCACCAGUUGGGCACUGGAGACCAGAGCCAAGACAGUUCUUCCAGGACAGCGCUCGGAUAGAAGCCGCCUUCCGUCGCUACUUCUACAGGGCGCCGCCGGAGCAGACCGAAGACACGUAUACACUGCUCGUCUGUCACGCUAAUGUUAUUAGAUAUUUUGUUUGCAAAGCCCUCCAGUUCCCACCGGAAGGCUGGCUCCGGAUAUCGCUGAACCACGCGUCCAUCACCUGGGUCUCGAUCAUGCCCAACGGCAACGUCGUCCUGCGCUCCCUCUCCGACACCGGUCACAUGGACCCUAAGUACAUCACAAGCCGGUAAAACAAGUGUUUCCAAAUGGGAGUAGAGCUAGCAACACUUACGUCAUACGUCACGGAAUAUGUAAUUAGAAAAUGGCGGGUAUUUCACGAAUGCUUGAUGCCUUGUAGAUAGUGUACUAACAAUAAUUUUACGUAUAAUGGUUAUGGUGGCCAAAGAGUCAGUUUAAUUGGGUUUUUUUAUGAGUGAGUUGUUUUAGUGGGUAUUUGAAACUUAAUAAGGCUUAGUCUUAAUACAAAGUAUGAGAAUCUACUUUUAAUAAUACCUCCAUGGUAAAAACUUUUUUCGUUUGGACGUAGAACUAACAGUUUUGUAUUGGUGCAAUGAAAUCAUAUCUUGAAUGCUUUUAAAAGCUGAAAGUGCAAUAAGUUAGACUCACGUAGUUAGUUACUAACCUAGGUUAAUUUCACUAUUAUUUGUAGGCCAAUGGCCAACUCGUUGAACAGUAAAAUAUAUUUAAAAUUGUUGAACAGUUUCCUUAAAUGUAAAACCUGUGUGGGAAAUAAUAAGGUGCAUUUUCCUUCGGCUGUCGUUUUGAAAAAAGAUGCAGCAAAGUGCCUAGUUUAGCAAUAAGAUAAUAUGUGCCUAAAUUUUCUGUUUAUAUUGUUUUUAUAUGAAUUGUUGAUUGGCAGUGCCAUAUGCAUGAAAAUUUUAAAAAAGUAAUGUCAUGCUUAGAAAGUCUAUUGGUUUAAAAUGUGUGAUGUUUUUAAUAUUCUGUGUUUUUUACAAGUAUUUGACGCUGUUACAUUGUCGACUAAUGUGAAUAAUGGCAGCUAACUCGUAGCUAGUUACUACUAACCUAUAAAACAUAAUUAAAAAAAGGACUGUUUUUAUACAUUUAAAAACUGUUGGAUCUUUGUAUUUCACUUUUACGGUUAAAAUAUUUAAGGACUAAACUCGUGUUUGACUUUAGCAUAAAACCUUUUUUCGAUAUGUCGCAUCACUGGCCUUAAGAAAAAUAAAUGCGGCCCUUUUGAUAGUUAAAAAAAAAACGAAUAAAAUUUAAAUUUGAAUAUUCGGACGAUAACGCCUGAAGUCCAAAAAUGUUUUGAUUACAGUAAUAGCAGUAAGCAAGCGAAGAAUCGAGAGCAGAAGAAGCAGUAACAACGCAAUUAAUCUAAAUAUCGCGAUUAAUAUAAGUUUAAAUCGUAAAAACAAUGUAUUAUUAACUGUAAGUAUUAGUUUCGGUAAAAUGAUUUCAAUAUCUUAUUUAGAAACGAAAAGAUUAAAAAAAAACUGUCGCACUAUUCAACUGCAUUCCUAAACAUUAAAUAAGAAAAAAAAAUUGAUGAUUUUUGUUACGCUUGUUGAAAUUAAUAAAAAAAACUUGUGUUCAUCACGCUUGGCUGUGUUUUGUUUAUAUGAUUUGUAUUCUGAGUUUUAAACUGUUAUUAUAAUCCGUGUGAAAUCCCUGACAAUGUAACAGCUUGCAUUUAAUUAGGUACACAAGCUUAAGAGUUGAAAAUAAGGCAGCAUGUCAAUUUUUAUUAAAAUAACAAGAAUGAUCUAAAUAAUAUUAAACUAAUGUUACUAAUCUGUCCAAUAUUUGAUGUUGCAUUUAAAUUUCCUUAAAACAGCUAUUUUUGUGAAGCGUGAAAUACGUGCAAAAUUUACAUCGAGAUAUAAAAAAUCGUCGAAGAUAAAAAUAUUAUUUGAGGUGCGCUAAAUACGAUGAAGUCGUUCCUAGUGUCAAUAAAACAUGCAUUUUGAACUAUUUGCCUCAAUAGUUAAACGAAUUAGUUUUUGAGCGUGUGCUAUUGAAAGUUCAAAUUCCAAGCCGUUUCUCUGUCAAAAAUAAGAUGAUAAAAAAGUAGAUCCUUACACUGUGAUUGUAGACCAGUGGAAUUUUUAUCAGCGUUCAUUACCUAUGGUAAUGACAUUUUGAUGUCACGGACUUACCACAUCCAUACAUUGUGGGAUGCGAUCUGCAACCUUCAGUAUAACACGUCGUUAAUAUCUGCGGACCUCGCUGGAAUGCGCUACGGCUACCCCUCGCAAUAACUGUUGUAGGCUUUUGUAAAAUCGUUAACUCAUAAACUACGGAUGAUUUAAAAGUAUAAAAAUAAAUAGAUACGCACGAACAAAAUAUUUAUUUUAUUUUUGCAUAGUUUUUUUCUUGCUAUGUAUCUCUAAAGUUCGCAUGAUGUCAUAAGUCACGUGCGCAGAUAUUUCCGACGGGUUAUAAUGUUUUAUGUCUAUGGUUUUUAAUUACUGUUCUUUAAAGUAUUGUUUUAUUUUAAGCGUAAUUCCGAUGUUGAUUAUAUUUUAAUUUUGUGUUCUUUUGCAAUUGAAUGGAUUCGUUUUGUCUGUUGUCUGAUUAGUGCAAGACGUUUAUUGUUGCAAUCUAAAAGAAUUACAACGACGAUGGUUACAUACUCGGUGCAAUGAAAUAUUACCAUUGAUUCAAAACGAAUAAGUUACGAAAGUAUUAUUUUGACCGUGAACAUAUCCUAACAGUUUUAACUAAAUUACUUGCAAUAAUCAGUGAAACAAGUUAGGUAUUAAUAUGCCUUCUAUUUAGAACAAACACCUUAAGACUGCGACUAAAGAUACUUAAUCACAGUUGCCGCUCAGUGCCAUAACCUAAAAAAUAUAUUCAAAUUUCAACGUGAAUAAAUAUUGUUUAAUUCUUACGACCCAGCCUAAAAAAAUAUUUUAUUUCACUUGUUCAUUCAAAUUUGUCAAUCCAAAUUUUUCUUGUUAUAAAGAUUGUUACAAACAGCCAUUUGAAUUAGUUUAGUUCUAUGUUCGAGAUCAGAGAUGAUAAGCCUUUAUGUACACACACUAUAUUAUAGAUAAACUUCUUAAUGAUUAUCAAAGAAUCAUAUAUCAUUUGUUUUACGGAAUAAUGUUCAAUCUGCCCUUGUCAUUAACUAAAUGUUUUCAUUAAUGAGUAACCUCUGUGUUUUAUACCGGACUUGCCAAAUUACCUCUAGCGACAUUUACGUAUGUGAAUUUGUAUCGUGUAAAUUAGCUGUAAAUAUUUUGUAAUGUUGAAUAAAAUAUGUAUGAAAUUA